AUGUUGGAGAGUAAUGACCACCAAGUUCGUCGACACGCCAUCAAGACCGUCGCGCGUGCCAUCUGCGAACGUCGGGAAAAUCGAUACCAGCACAAAGACUUGGAUAACCUCCACAUUGAAAUCCUACCUAUGCCUCUGUCCGCUGAUGGAGGCCCAUUAUUCGAGCCUGAAUUUUUCUGGCCCUACGAUAAGUCCCUCCCGGACCCGGAUGAGGAGAUAGCACACAUUCUGAGCGACUAUUUUGGGGAAUAUAUUUCCUGCGCUACACUUUUCCACAAGUUUGACUGGCAACAUAAUCCUAGACAGCCCAGUGACUUUCCAUGUUCCCUCUGCGAGCUUGAUAUAGAUAAUCCCAUUGAAUGGUGCGUUGGUGGUAUAACUGGCAUUCCGGGUGGGCCUCGGAUGAAGUGCUUCCUACUCGAGAGUGUUAACGCAGAUGACGAACAGAUUACCCGAGGGGAAAUCCUAUGUAUGUGUCGAAUUAUGAUCACUUGCCUCCGUUCCAGAAAGUAUAGUGCCAAUAAAGUCAGUCCGGUGCUACUCAUUUCCUUCGUGGGUCCAAGACAUGCUCGCAUUCUCCUGGGCCAUCAUGAUGGCUCCAACCUGAACAUCCCUGAGUUGAAGAUUUUGCUGCGAUGGUGGUGCUCGUCUGCGGUUGGGGAUACCAUCAAUGGGUAG